AUGAGCUUUGGCUUUGGAGUCGGCGACUUCAUCGUCGUCUGUGAUCUCGUGAAGAAAGUUCGUGGUCGAUUUGUCAGAGCCCCAGCACAAGCUGCAGCUCUUCACGACGACGAUCGGCACAGCUCAUACAAAACUUCGCUGAAUGAGGAGCAGAGAUCACGCUUAGAUAGCAUAUCUCAGGGCUGCCAGAAAACUCUCCAGCAAUUGGACGACAGAUUGAAGGACUAUCAGAAGGCUGACAACAUCAAAGGAAUCAGUGGCCAAGCGAGGAGAGCCCUUAGGCGAUUUGAUCUCGACACCGGUGAGGCUCAUCAGCUUCGAAGUCUAAUUCUUGCACAUCUUGGCUUUUUCAAUGCAUUUCUGGCGGAACUGAAUAGGGAGGUCGUCGCUCAAUUCAACUCACGUCAUGAAAAUCAGCUUUUGCUUGAAGAACAGGCCAAGAUCUUGGACUGGCUCACUCCGACAGACUACGCCGCACAGCAAAACGAUAUCUUCUCUGUUCAUCAAAAUGGGACCGGGCAAUGGCUCCUGGAGUCUGCAGAAUUUCAACAUGUCGUGUCAGGGGGCGGGAAAACAUUAUUCUUGCGCGGGAUGCCAGGAGCUGGGAAGACUCUCUUGAUGAGCAAUGUAAUCCACCACUUGCAAGCAAAGUUCAUGACCGAAGAGAACAUUGGUAUUGCGUACCUUUACUGUAAUUUUCGACGAAAUGAAGAGCAAACAGCCCUCCAUGUCUGCACAAAUCUACUUAAACAACUCGUGAGGGUCAGAGGCGCAAUUCCGGAAUCCGUCAAGGACAUGCAUAGUCGCCACGGCAAAGUUCAAACGCGACCCACGCUCGAAGAGAUAGUGACAACGCUGUGCGCUGUCAUCCGAGAACUUACGAAAUGCAUAUUCAUCAUCGAUGCUUUGGACGAGCUUGAUUUCAAGAAUGCCAGGCAGUUACUGCCAAAAAUGUUCGAGAUCCAAGCAGAUACAGCAAUGAAAUUGAUAGCUAGCUCGCGCGAGUAUCCGGAAAUAUGUAAAAGCUUCGCCGCUUGUGACUCGUUACAAAUUCGGGCUACUGAGGACGACAUAACGAACUUCCUCGAAGGUCACAUGUAUCAACUCCCAAACUAUGUCUCCAAAAGGCCAGACUUGCAAGAUGCAGUCAAGAGUGGGAUUAUAGAAGCUGCAGACGGCAUGUUUCUCCUUGUGGCACUUCAUAUAAAUUCGCUCAUCGGCAAGCCUUCACCAAAGGCGUUGAAACGAACUCUGGAGCAACUACCCAAGGGUCUGAGUUCGCUAGACAUUACAUAUGACAAGGCCAUGGGAAGAAUCAGCAGCCAGCUGCCAGAGCAGUACGAGCUAGCAAAGCAGGCUCUCUCGUGGAUUACCUAUGCAAAGAGGCGGCUAUCGGCCCUGCAAUUAAGACAUGCUCUUGCUGUGGAGCCUGGUGAAACCUCCCUUGAUGAGGAUAACCUUCCAGACGUGGACGAUAUCGUCUCAGCCUGUGCAGGGCUAGUGGUCAUGGACGAAGAGAGCGGGAUCGUUCGCCUAGUACACUAUACGACUCAAGAUUAUUUCAAGAGAACGAAGCAAAGAUGGUUUCCGUAUGCCGAAGACAACAUCGCGCAGGCAUGCAACACCUACCUCUCAUUCGAUGACUUCAAAUCUGGGCCUUGCCAGCAACCAAACAAGAUGUUGCAUGACUUAUUGCCUGAAGACAAGGACACGCUGGAGGACGACUAUGAGGACAGGCUGACACGAAGUCCUCUUUUUGAAUACGCAGCACUCCACUGGGCAACACAUCUCAACGCUGUAUCGUCUAGUUUCCAAUCACUCGUCCCAGCUUUCAUCGCCAACGCUGGUCAGAUGUCGGCUAUCGCCCAAGUCAGACUAUCGCAUGAUCCGCGCUUAAGUUACCGCUCUAGUACUUAUACUAUACGCAAUAUUAUAGACCGCCAAGCAAAAGACAACAUUGUCCACGUUGAGGAUUCUCGCUCUCGAACAUAUAAUGAUGUUUUCAAACAGACUAUAUGCGCUAACCAAAUGGAUGUCCUCCAUUUUGCUGCCUGGUCAGGUGCGAGACAUGUUGUGAAGGCGCUCCUCGAUAGUCGGCAUCGGGUUGAUGUCACAGACUGGUGGGGUCAAACGCCCCUAUCUUGGGCGUCGCAAAUGGGCCACGAUGACAUCGUGAAGCUUCUCCUAGAACAUGGUACAAACAUUCAUGCUGCAGACAAACAACUCCGAACAGCGUUAAUUCACGCAAUCCUCCGUGGGAAUCAGUCAACAGUAAUGCUUUUACUCGACAAUGGGGCGCGAGUUGCUACAAUCGAUCAUCACAAACUAUCUCCUCUGUCAUACGCAGUUCGAAUGGGCACGGCAACCUUCGUGAGCCUUUUGCUAGCACACGGCGCCAAUCCAAAUGGACCAGACUUGAAAGUGAAGGUACCGAUUGCAAGCCGCCAUCCUUUGAGCGCCUCUAGGCACCACAUCACCCCACUAUCGAUUGCAGCCGAGUGGGGAGAUGAUGAAAUCGUCGCCUUGUUACUAGCACGACCUGAAAUUCUUGUAAAUCUUACGGGUGAAACGGGCCGUACCGCUUUAUCCCAUGCUGCAGGUGCAGGUCACCCAAGCACAUGUACACUGUUAUUGAGUCGGGCAGACGUUCAGGUAGAUCACGCGGAUCCUUGGGGCAGAACGCCACUAUCAUACGCAGCACAGCAUGGCAAUGCCGAAGUCGUAAACUUGCUUCUACAGUCGUGUCGAGGGUCUAUCAAUUCAAGAGACUCUUAUGGCCGAACGCCACUUUCAUAUGCAGCAAAGGUGAGCACGAAUGGAUUCGUUUUCCAUGGCCACGACAGCCUAUCUCGGAGUUCGGCUGUAAUGGCCCUUUUAGCCGACGAUCGGGUUGAUCCUAACACCAGAGAUAUCCAAGGGCGCACACCGCUGUCACAUGCUUCGUCAGGCGCUAGGAAGCCCAUCAGUUGCGACAUAGUGAAGCAAUUUCUGGCUGAUGAACGAAUUGACCCAGACUCACGGGACGACACAGGUCGAACUCCACUUUCGUGGGCAGCGGAUGCACGUUCAGGCCUCCUCUUUGCUGCUGAUGAUGGCGACGAUGAUGUUGAUGGCGAUGAUUACAGUGGAGCAGAAGUGGUGGAGCUAUUACUGGCCGACGAGCGAGUUGACCCGAACUCCCAAGACUCAGAGGGCAGAACCCCCUUGACAUGGGCUCUAAUGAGGUCCAAAAAUGAUAUCUCCAUACCGAUCGUGCAGGCACUGCUCGGUCACGAACGAAUAGACCCAAUGCGCCAAGACAAAAAAGGGAUGACACCAUUGGAUCAUGCUGCUGCUCUAUGCAUGAAAGCAGCUAUUACUGCUUUGCGACCGCAUUAUCCGCAGGACUAUGUGGUGGUGAAUCCAAUCUCCGAAGUGUCUAGCAAACGGGAUGAUGAACUUGAGCAUAGGUUUGCUAUCACCGACGUUAGUUAA